AAACAUUGUCAUCCAUUCAAUAAUAAUUCACACUACUUUUAAUUUCUCUGUUAGGCCGGAAAACCUCGUUUUCUUCAAAUACUUUUCGCUGAAAACGAUGAUGCUCGUUGACUGUUCCUGCUGCCGCACCCCCUUGCAGCUCCCGCCGGGUGCCAGGACCAUCCGCUGCGCAAUCUGCCGCGCCGUCACGCGCGUCGCCGAUCCUCUCGCCGCCGCCCCACUGCCACCUCCAUCUCCGUUCUCCCCCGCCGGCCCCUCCUCCGGUCAACCCCACGGCCGCAAGAGGGCGGUGAUCGUCGGGAUUUCUUACCGGAACUCGAGGCAUGAGCUGAAAGGGUGUCUGAAUGAUGCUAAAUGUAUGAGGUUCUUGCUGGUCAACCGAUUCAAGUUCCCCCCAGACUCCAUUCUCAUGCUCACUGAAGAGGAAACUGACCCCUACAGGAUCCCAACCAAACACAACAUUAGGAUGGCAAUGCACUGGCUUGUGGGGGGCUGUCAGCCAGGGGAUUCUAUGGUGUUCCACUACUCGGGCCACGGGUCACAGCAAAGGAACUACAACGGGGAUGAAGUCGAUGGCUACGACGAAACGCUUUGCCCCUUGGAUUUCGAGACUCAAGGGAUGAUCAUUGAUGAUGAAAUCAACGCCACGCUUGUUAGGCCUAUCCCUCGCGGGGCUAAGCUUCAUGCCAUUAUAGAUGCCUGCCAUAGUGGCACCAUGCUUGAUCUACCCUUUCUUUGCAGAAUGGACAGAAGUGGGAGGUAUAUGUGGGAGGAUCAUCGGCCUCGUUCUGGAGCCUGGAAAGGAUCGAGCGGGGGAGAAGUCAUAUCCUUCAGUGGCUGUGAUGAUGAUCAAGCAUCUGCUGAUACAGAUAGUUUAGCCCAGGUUACUUCCACAGGUGCAAUGACAUAUUCUUUCAUCCAAGCAAUUGAACAUGGGCAAGGGACAACCUACGGCAGCAUUCUUAAUGCAAUGAGAGCUUCAAUCCGCAGUUCAGACAAUGGUUUGUUAGGAGGUUCUGCUGGAAGCCUUGUGACAUCACUUCUGACAAUGCUUGUUACUGGAGGGAGUGGUGGCAUUGGAAUGAGACAGGAGCCGCAGUUGAGUGCUAAUGAACAAUUUGAUGUAUACAGCAAACCCUUCUCACUAUAACAACCGAAUUGAAGCAUGCAAAUGCCUGAUUGUCAACAAGUUUGUAAUUUUAGAUGAAAUGUCUCACGAUAUGUACCCAAUUUUUGUUUUUAAAUUCUCCAUUGGUUUUGUCAAA